AUGAGAUUGGUUGCGUUAAUCAGGCAAGUUAGCUCCUUGAGAUUAUGGAAGCGGUCAAGUAGUGGUGGCAAGGACUCCUUCUUCAGCUUGCUACACGCUGUUGCUAAUGGUCAUGAAAUUGUUGCAUUGGCAAAUCUGCUACCAAAGAGUACAACUGAUGACGACGAACUGGACUCGUACAUGUUCCAGACUGUAGGACAUGAUAUCAUUCCUCUCUACGCGGAAUGCAUGUCGCUGCCUCUCUUCCGACGAGAAAUACAAGGAGCUUCCAUGUCAACUGGAUCGGAAUACACACCAAAGGAUGGUGAUGAGGUCGAAGACCUGUAUCAAUUACUGCAUCAAGUCAAGCUCGAACUGAAUGUGGAUGGUGUCACGUCUGGUGCUAUACUGAGCAAUUAUCAGAGAGUGAGGGUUGAAGGAGUAUGCUCAAGACUGGACCUCACUUCAUAUGCGUACUUGUGGAGGCGUGAUCAACAGGAGCUGCUUGGUGAUAUGGUUGCCGCUGGGAUGGAGUGUGUUUUGGUCAAAGUUGCUGCUAUGGGCUUGGAUACCCGGCAUCUAGGCAAGUCGCUACGGGAACUACAGAGCCAUUUUGUGAAUAUGCACGCUCGUUAUGACAUGCACAUAUGUGGAGAAGGUGGUGAAUACGAAACCAUUACUCUUGACAUGCCGCUCUUUUCGAAACGGAUUGUGCUAGAUGAGACAGCUGUGGUUAUACACUCUGAUGACGCAUUUGCUCCUGUCGCGUACCUGAAAUGCAAACGGGCACAUGUUGAGGAGAAGCAGACGUUUGGGCUUACGAGUGAGCUUAGGGAGCAGAUACUUAAUGCAGCGCUUUCAGUACAGGCUGUAGAUGUUAGACAUAAUGAGGCUGAUGCAGAGCCACCUAGUAAUACAUCAUAUAUAACCAUCCCCGUCACACCAACAGUAAAUUCGAUACACCCAUAUCUUGCAAUCGGCCAAGUGACACCUUCUUCCGAGACGGGGACAAUAGACGACCAAGUGGACGAUGUGAUGUCGACCGUCACCACUCUGCUCAGCAAAGACGAUUUGACCUUCCAGCAUGUCGUGUUGAUGCACGUGUUUGUGAAGGAUUUGAGUGUGUUUGCACGUAUGAAUGCUGUGUAUAAAAAGUACUUUGGGAUUAACCCGUCUCCAAGAGUAACGGUUCAAGGCAUCUUGGCCGACGGUAAAUCAAUCCAGAUCGAUUGUCUCGCUGUCACCAAGCUGGAGCACCGAGAUAGUAUGCAUGUGCAAAGUAUCUCGUACUGGGCACCUGCGAAUGUGGGACCAUAUAGCCAAGCUACACAAAUAGACGACACCAUUUACAUCGCCGGCCAAAUUGGUUUAACGCCUCAUACUAUGACACUACCGGCAUCGCUCCAUCAAGAAUGUCUUCAAGUAGUCCAGAAUCUGAAAUCAGUGGUUAGUGCCAUGAACUCGUCGCUAGAAAAAGAUGUAGUAUGGCGUGUGGUAUACGUUACGAAGUUCGAGUAUAUCACGUCUAUUAAACCAUUAAUGGAGAAUGAAGAGGUGCCUACUUGCUAUUUGGUGGUAGAUGUAUUGCCACGAGAUUGUCGUGUCGAGAUACAGGCCAUUUGUCAGAAGCCGUAUGUUCGAGAGGAUGAGGACGAAGAAGACAGUAGUGUUGUUAUGAAUGCUUAUUCAGACGAAACCAUUAAAGGACACGGAUGCACACUAACUAUCUCAGUAAAGCAAUGUGGUAAAGUAGUGGUCGCUUUUGGAUUUAUUCGAGAUGGUGAUGGUGGUGAGCGCGUCUCUGAGCUCUUGUCAACACUGGACGCCAAACUCCAACAUGCUAAUGGAAGGCCGAUAUUCUCUCGAGUAUUUUGUAAGCCUGAUAUUAUGAGUGCGGUGUGUCAAGCUUGUCAAGCAGCUUCAUCAGGUGGUGGCAGUGUUUCAGUGGUUGGAGUACAAGAAGUAGCUGAUCAAAAGGGAAUACGUGCUGAGCAAUGUGGUAACCAGAUUGGUGCCAAGUUCUGGGAAGUGAUCUCAGACGAACACGGUAUUGACCCCACUGGUACAUACCACGGAGACUCUGAUCUCCAAUUGGAACGUAUCAACGUCUACUACAACGAAGCUACUGGUGGCAAAUAUGUCCCACGUGCUGUCCUUGUAGAUUUGGAACCCGGUACCAUGGACUCGGUCCGUGCAGGUCCAUUCGGUCAACUCUUCCGUCCAGACAACUUUGUGUUUGGUCAAUCCGGUGCUGGUAACAACUGGGCUAAAGGUCACUACACUGAAGGUGCUGAAUUGGUCGACUCUGUAUUGGAUGUUGUCCGAAAGGAAGCCGAAUCUUGUGAUUGCCUACAAGGUUUCCAGAUUACACACUCCCUUGGAGGUGGUACUGGAGCUGGUAUGGGUACCCUCUUGAUCUCCAAGAUCCGUGAAGAGUACCCAGACCGAAUGAUGUGUACCUUCUCCGUCGUCCCAUCGCCCAAGGUGUCUGACACCGUAGUAGAACCAUACAAUGCCACUCUAUCCGUACAUCAAUUGGUAGAAAACUCUGACGAGACCUUCUGUAUUGAUAACGAAGCCUUGUACGAUAUCUGUUUCCGAACCCUCAAACUCACCACCCCAACUUAUGGUGACUUGAACCACUUGGUCUCCGCCGUUAUGUCUGGUAUUACCACUUGUUUACGAUUCCCAGGUCAAUUGAACGCUGAUCUUCGAAAAUUGGCUGUAAACAUGGUGCCAUUCCCUCGUCUCCACUUCUUCAUGGUCGGUUUUGCUCCAUUGACAUCUAGAGGAUCUCAACAAUACCGAGCCCUGACUGUCCCAGAACUCACCCAACAAAUGUUUGACGCCAAAAACAUGAUGGCUGCUUCUGACCCACGUCACGGACGAUACUUGACCGUAGCUGCCAUGUUUAGAGGUCGUAUGUCUAUGAAGGAAGUUGACGAACAAAUGCUCAACGUCCAAAAUAAGAACUCUUCUUACUUUGUUGAAUGGAUUCCAAACAAUGUCAAGACUGCCGUUUGUGACAUUCCACCAAAGGGAUUGAAGAUGUCUGUUACUUUCAUUGGUAACUCGACCGCCAUCCAGGAACUCUUUAAACGUAUCUCGGAUCAAUUCACUGCCAUGUUCCGUCGUAAGGCUUUCUUGCAUUGGUACACUGGUGAGGGUAUGGAUGAAAUGGAAUUCACUGAAGCUGAAUCCAACAUGAAUGACUUGGUCUCUGAAUACCAGCAGUAUCAAGACGCCACCGCUGAAGAAGGCGAAUUCGAAGAAGGCGAAGGUGAAGCCGCUGAAGGCGAAGCCGCAUAA